AUGGCAACCAUGGCAACUGCUACUCACGAUAUCCACGCGACCUCCCCCCGAGACUCCUUAACUGGUGUAGCGGCCCGGAGCGUCCCUGUGACCAAGAAUCACCCUCUUCCUCUCCCGACUCCUCCCAACUCCAUAUCCCCGGGUCUCCCGGCACACGGCCUGCGCGCGCAACUGCAAAAGGCCAGGCUUGACCCCAUCGAUUCGGACCUGGACUUGCACCACGACGCCGCCGGCAGCGCCCCCGGUGAGGCCCAGGGGGGAAAUUCUCUCCUGCCCGACUCCUACGGUGCUAUCACGCCCGGCAUGCUCGCCAAGUACCACCUGCCCGAGAUUAUGUUGAAUCACGGGCCGCUGGCCAUCCGCUAUGUCAUGGGCUACCUUACUACGUCUGUGCCCGGCUUCUCAGGCAUUCCCCCCGCCAAGGCGAGGAGGUUGGUUGUGGCCGCGCUCGAGGGGAAAGGAUGUGGAGGCGAAGGAGGUGGAAUCAAUGGCGAUGUCGUAUUUGAGAAGGUCGGAUGGGGGAGGUGGGACGCACGGCGCCGGGGUCAACCUGCGCGACGAGAGCUCUCACCUCCAACCGAGGGUAUGGGAAUCCCCAUCUCGUCGGUGAGAUGGGACGGCAGGCCGCACCAUUCCAGUUCGGACGCGUCAGCCUGCGCCUUCUCCCAUGAAGAUUACGACCACGACAUGGCCAUGAUGGAGAACGAGGCAGACAAGAUGUCAUUAGACGGUUCUGCCUCUGCGUCUUGCUCCGAAGCCCCUGAUUACAUCGACACGGACAUGAUGCGCAAUGACGAUCCCGAAGAUGCGACGGACGAUGAGGAUUGGGCCGCUGUGGGUGCCGCAGGGCUCCGCGCCGCCUCCUACUCUAAUACCGGUUUCGGGGUCUCGCCAGGCGCAAACAAAGUAUAUAACGGCAGCGGGAUGGCUCGAACUCCCCAGCUGCCACGUGGUUUCAACACCAACAACACGACUGUGGGCUUCGCCUCGGCCUCUGACGCACAGGAGCGCGAGGCCGUCGAGGCUCUGCUUCAACUCGGUUCUGUAUAA